AUGACUCAACUAGACAUGAUGUUGAAAGUGUUAUGCGUUAAUCAUGUGGUGGUGAAAGGGAUGGAGGUGAUGGUGAAAAAGGUGGUGGCGGAGGUGGUGGUGGUGGUGGUGACGAUGAAGGUGGAGGUGGUGGUUGUGGUAGUGGUGGUGGUGGGGAUGGCGGUUGUGGAGGUGGUGGUGGUGGAGGAUGAGGAGGAGGUGGUGGUUGAGGGGGAGGCGUGA